GCACGCAGCACGCCUCUCCUGGCCGCCUGCAUCAACGGCCACGUCGAGGUGCUCCGCGUGCUCCUGCAGUUCGAUACGGAGCUCGAGGCGUACAACGACGACGGCUGGUCUGCGCUCAUGUACGCGUCCGCGAUGGGCCACUACGAGUGCGUCAAGCUCCUCCUUGGGAAAGGCGCGCGCGUCCAGGCCGUCUCGUCGAACGGCUCGACAGCGCUUCUGGUCGCGACGCGCAAGGGGUACCACGAUGUGGUGCUGCUUUUGCUCCAGCACAAGGCGCCGGUCGACGCCACGUUCAACACGGGCGGUUUGACGUCGCUCAUGGUGGCCGCGACGCAAGGCUACUUGAGUAUUUUGCAGCUCUUGCUGCAGUUCCACGCCAAUUUUACGCUGCGCAACCACCACGGAACGACGCUGCUGAUGCUCGCGGCGCAGUACGGCCAUGCCGACAUGACCAAGCUGCUCCUCGACCGCAACGCUAACCUCAACGCGGAAGAGACGGACGGCUGGUCGGCGCUCAUGUACGCAGCCUCCUUGGGCCACACAGCCAUGAUCCAGCUGCUUCUGGAGCGCAACGCGCAGAUCGGCGGCACGGACAAGGGCGGCAAGACCGCGUUCAUGGUCGCCAAGGACAAGGCCGUGUUCGUCAAGCUCAUUCUGGAGAAGAACGCGACCGAGCUGCGCUUCAACGAGCUCAUGUUCAAAGGCGCGAUCGAGUGCGACCCCAAGCUCGGCAAGGAGAUCCUCAACGCCUUUGUCGUCGAGAGCGGUCGCUACAGCCUCGAGUUUCGCGACCUGGAUCGCAUUUACGGCCGGGAAACGAUCCAGCAGAGCGCGCUCUACUCGAUUCUCAACCUCGAAGGCGACGACGAGGCCGAGCAGGGCGUCAAGCAGCACUGCCUCCAGCAUGUCGUCAUGCGCCGCGUGCUCCAGCUCAAGUGGGAGUUUUUUGCUCAGCGCAUGUACAUUGAGCAGUUCCUCAUGUACAUUCUGCUGCUGGCGUCGUCCGUGCUCUCGGGUUGUCUCUACCAGCUCGACGACGCGGCCGAAGUGACGCCGCCGCCCGUCUUCAAGGACAUUUCCAACGUCAUUUGGCAGCGCAACAAGACGUCGACCAACGGCACGCGGUCGCUCAUCGCCGUCAUCUCGUUCCCGACCGCAAGCAAUGGCACGUCGUCCACGCAGACGACGACGACGAACGCGACCUUCGACACGGACACGUUCCGCUUUGGCAUCAUGCUCUGGAGCAUCCUCUGCGUGUGGGUCGUCGUGUCGUACGUGAUCGCGCACUAUGGUCUCAAGCCCAAGCGGCUCUGGAGCCUCGCGCGCUGGUCCCGCGACGGCACGUACAGCGGCUUUUUUGCGUUUUUGUUGCGGGGUACGUACAUUGGGGUCAACUGGCACGAGCACAUCCCCGACUUUCCCGUGUGGCAGUCGCAUGCCAAGCGGCUCCUCGUCGCCCACGCGCUCUUCUGGAGCGUUGUCGUGAGCAUCCCGAUUUGCCUCUGCAUUCUGCACCUCGACGACGCCACGAUCCGCGGCUAUAAGAACUGGUACCAGGCCAUCAACAACCUCGUGCUGUGGGGCAUCGCCAUGUACUUUUGCUACUGGGAGUACAAGGAGCUCUUGGGCUACGGCCUCCGCAAGUACUUUAGCCUCGUCAACGCGACCCAGAUGAGCGUCUACCUGCUCAUCAUCUUUGUCUACGUGCCGUGCCAGCUCGGCCUCUCGCACGCGAGCAUGCUCCGCGAGUACCAGCUCUGCCUCGUGGGGUUUCUCUGCCUCGCGCUCUGGAUCUUGUUUCUGCAGCAACUCGAGGUGCACCCGACGACCGGAUACCUCUUGCCCAUGAUGCGCCGCCUCCUCCAAGACAGCAUGCGGUUCCUCAUUCUGUAUGGCGUCUUCCAAGCGGGUUUGACGUGCGCGUACUACAUUUUACUGCAAGGCAGCGAAGGCUACGAGUCGUUUCCAGCGACUUUCGUCACGGUGUUCUUCGUGCUCUUUGGGCAGAUCCAGACCGGCCCGAUCGAUGCGCUGAGCGACGACCAGCCCGUCUUGUAUGUCUUCGCAAUGGGUCUCCUCAUGUUCCACAUGGCGAUCGCGAUCGUGCUCCUCCUCAACGUGCUCAUCGCCAUGAUGAACAACACGCUGGACGAGGGCCUCGAGAAGGCCAAGCUCGAGGCGCUAGCGAGCUACGCCAACUGCAUCCUCCGGCUCGAACUCAGCCUCGCACCCCAGGAGCGCAACGAGAUGAUCUACGUUAUCAAGCCCAAGUUCCUCCACCGCCACCAGUCCCUGCUGCCGGACGAUGUCGACGCGCCGGCGCGCCGCCUGAGCUUCCGCAGCGCCAACCUCCGCAUGCAGUCGCUGGCGACCGACGAGGCGAAGCCGCUGGUCGUGCCCCGGCCAACGCCGCAGCCCUCGUCGGGCCGGCACACGGGCAUUUUGAACCCGUCGUUUCGGCAGAUCGUGCUCAAGUCGGACUACAAGGUGGGGUUUGAAGCGCCGGUGGAUGCCCACCAAGAGUGGAUGACCGAGAUGCGGGGUGUGAUCAGCACGAUGAAGAAGGACCACGCGACCCAGAUGCAGCAGCUCAAGGCGCAGCUCAACGAUAUCACGCGGCUCAUCCAAGAGCUCGAGAUGGCGCAGAACCCGCGCGCGGGUCUCACCAGCUCCUCCAUGCAGUGGUAGACAACUUCAACACCCAAUAUGGUUUUAGUG